GUGGAGUUUCCGACCAGGCAGGAAAAGGAACAAAGGGGAACUUUAGGGGGGGGGGUGAGGGGGGGAGUGGCGGCUAGGAGGGCAGCAGAAGUAGAAGGGACGCUUCACCAUGGAAUAUGAAGUCAAGAAAGGGAAAAAGGGCCCCCUCCUAAGGCUGAUGUUCCCAAAGGCCGCCCGCCGAGCAGGAGCCGCCGUUCGGAGCAGUGUGAGCCGCCGGCCCCUGCACUCCAUGCCCCUCUAUCCCCCUGACUACCUCAUCGACCCCCAGAUUCUGCUGUGUGACUACCUGGAGAAAGAGGUCAAGUUCCUGGGCCACCUCACCUGGGUAACCUCCUCACUGAAUCCCUCCAGCCGAGAUGAGCUCCUGCAGCUGCUGGACACCGCCAGGCAGCUGAAGGAGCUGCCGCUGAAAACCACGGCGGAGCAGGACAGCAUCCUGAGCCUCUCGGCCCGCUGCCUGCUGCUCACCUGGCGCGACAACGAGGAGCUCAUCCUGCGCAUCCCCACGCACGAGAUCGCCGCCGCCUCCUACCUGCAGGACGACGCGCUGCACUUGCUGGUGCUUAAGACAGGUCUGGGCGUGGACCCGGUGCCGGCCGGUGUAGACGCCAGCCCUGGCGGGGCCGGGCGCGACCCGGGCCCGCCGGGCGCCGCUCCCGAGAAGCGGCGGGUGGGCACCACAGAGCGGCGCCACACCAUCUGCAGCCUGGACUGGCGGAUGGCGUGGGGCGGGGGCGCGGGGGCCGAAGCCCGGGCCGGGGGCGGCGGCGGCAGCCUGGAGCGCCAGCGCGCCGGGGCGCGGGCGUCGGGCAGCUGGGAGCGGCGGCAGACGUUCAGCGGCAGCUGGGAGCGGCGGCACGGCGGCGGCGGCGGCGGCGGCGGCAAGCCGGGGGGCAGCUGGGAGCGGAGGCAGGCGGGCGGCGGCGGCAGCUGGGAGCGGCGCCACCCGGGCUCCAACCCUCUGGACCCGCAGGACCCCAGCCCCGACGCCUACUGCAACCUCGUCAUCCUGGCUGUGGCCAACAGGGAUGCUGCCGAGGAGUCCUGUGCCCUCAUCUGUCAGGUCUUCCAGAUCAUCUACGGGGACCAGAGCAUCGAGUGCGUGGACCGGGCUGGCUACCACUACACAUCCACGCCCGAAAGGCCGUGGCUCUGCAGCCGCAGUGACAGCUGCCGAACCGACGGGACUUACGCCUAUGAUGCCGACUUCAGCUGCUGCAGCUCUUUCAAUGGCUCCCAGGACACAUUUGAAGCGUGUUACAGCGGCACAUCCACACCCUCUUUCCAUGACUCCCACUGCAGCGGCAGCGACCACAGCGCCUUGGGCCUGGAGCAAUUGCAGGAUUACAUGGUCACGUUGCGGAGUAAGCUGGGCCCCCUCGAGAUCCAGCAGUUUGCCCUGCUGCUGCGGGAGUACAGGCUGGGGCUGCCCAUCCAGGACUAUUGUUCGGGCUUGUUGAAGCUCUAUGGAGACCGGCGCAAGUUCUUCCUCCUCGGGAUGCGGCCCUUCAUCCAGGACCAGGACACUGGCUACUUCGAGGGCUUCCUGGAGGGCGUGGGCAUCCGCGAGGGCGGCAUCCUCACCGACAGCUUCGGCCGCAUCAAGCGCAGCAUGAGCUCCACGUCGGCGUCCGCGGUGCGCAGCUACGACGGCGCGGCCCAGCGGCCCGAGGAGCAGACCUUCCACCGGCUGCUGGCGGACAUCACGCACGACAUUGAGGCGCUGGCCCCCGACGACGACGAGGACAGCACAGAUGAGGAGGCGCGGGGCUCCCCGGGCGGGAAUGAGGCAUCCGAAGACAACUACCUGUAGCCUGUGGCUGCGCCCAGGCGGAAGGCGGAGCGCGUGGCCCUGCAACCUCGCCUUGGACUCUCACUCUGGUCUGGGGAGGUGCCCAUCCUCAGGGCCCCUCCUCACCCCACCCCCAACCCCAAAUCCGGCCUCCAUUCCCCGUCUCAGAUCCUGCCCGUAGGGCUCCGGUUCCUAAAGUCCGAGGCAGUCGCUUGGGGCUCAGCUAGCCACCCUACUCUGCUCGCCCGGGAUGGGCACGUCCCCCUGGCCCCCGGGAUCCGCACCAGGACACCCCUCCUCCCUGGACUGCGCUUCUUUCUGAAGGCCUCGCUAGGGGUGAUGAGUGGGCUCCACCUUCUGGCCGACUGAGAGAAGAAUCCCCACAGCCCAGAGACUUCAGUUCCUCCUGCUCCACAGUUGGAGAGACUGAGGUUUAAAAGAGGGAAAGGGACUGGAGGGAAUCUCCUGAUUCUCCUGCGAUGUUAUCUCAAACCGACCAGGCUCAAUCUGUAGAGGGUAUUUUUAAGGCUCUAAAUAGCAGGGACUCCCCCACCCUCCCCCCCCCCACCACUGAAUCAGAUCAUCAGUGUGGAGUAGAGGUUUUUCUCUACUGAGAGUUGACUCGGAGGAGGGUGAUCUGGAUCCCAGUCCUAAGGCUCCAAUCAAGUUGCUUAUUCAGAUCUUUGAUUUGAAGCCAGACAGACCUAGGGCUGCCCUCUCCAACCCUGCCUUUGGGUUUCUUUGGCUACCCAAGACCCCUGAGAGGGGGUGUGGUUAGUGUCUUAUCCCCUAGGCCCCCAUCUCCUCCCUGUCAGAUGAUAUGGGCCCCACCUGCCUCAGAGGGAGGUCAUGGAGAUGAACAAAGGUCAAGACCUGAGUGCUGGGUCUGCCACAUGACAGGCACUCAAUAAAGGCUGUUCCCUUCCACACCUAACAUGUUCUGACUCAGUUUACCUGUCUUUACCCUGUGUGCAAUAGGCUGGGAAUGAGGUGGGAGUGAGAUCUAAGAAGACCCUGAGGGAGCACAAUUUGGGAAGAGGAAAUAGGACUUGCCCUCACAGCUCCAUUGCAGCCUGGCUUCAUGCUUAAGCCAGAAAAGUACCCAAGACUCCACAGAGCCAUCCCAGUGGUAUUGGGUAGCCAAAGGAACCUAAAGGCAGGGUUGGAGAGGGCAAGAAGCAUAAAUACAGCGUGUGGCCCAGCCCAAGUACAGGCUUGGAGGCUAAAAGAAAUGAGCCCUGAAAGGAAACCAGAGACUUGCCUAGAAGAACUAGGCAAGUUUAUCCUAUAUAAUAAAGAUGUAAAAUGCAAAUUGACCAUCACACCCUCGCCCAAGAUGGCCGCUCCUAUGUGGGCACAAGAUGGCCGGCAGGGGAGGGCAGUUGUGGGCAAUCAGGCCAGUAGGGGAGGGCAGUUAGGGGCCAUCAGGGGAGGGCGGGCAGUUAGAGGUGACCAGGCCAGCAGGGGAGGGCAGUUGGGGGCAACCAGGUUGGCAGGGGAGGGCAGUUGGGGGUGAUAGGGCCAGCAGGGGAGCAGUUAGGCGUCGAUCAGGCAGGCAGGGGAGUGGUUAAGGGGUGAUCAGGCUGGCAGGCAGGCAAGCGGUUGGGAGCCAGCAGUCCCAGAUUGUGAGAGGGAUGUCCGACUGCCAAUCCUGUGGGAUCGGACCUAAACCAGCAGUCAGACAUCCCCCAAGCGGUCCCAGAUUGGAGAGGGUGAACACUGGGCUGAGGGAAAUCCCCCCGCCAGUGCACGAAUUUUGUGCACCAGGCCUGUAGUUUAUAAUAACAUUACAGAGCCCUCCGUGGCAAGAUACAUGGUACUUACUAGGAGGUAGGUAUUAUUAUUACCCAUUUUUUAAAUUGAUUGAGAGAGAGAGAGAAACAUUGAUUUUUGUUGUUCCACUUAUGUAAUGCAUUCAUUGGUUGAUUCUUGUAUGUGCCCUGACUGGGGAUUGAACCCACAACCUUAGCAUAUCGGAUGAUGCUCUAACCAACUGAGGUACCCCGCCAGGGCUACUAUCACCCAUUUUAAAAUAAUAAUAUUAUUGUUAGGGCUUCAGCUCCAGAGAGUUCCAUGGUUCAUACUCAGUUUGUGGCAAGUGACCAUCUCAGCAUAAUUGGUCUGUGCAAGAUACUUUUGAUAUUUUGCUUUGUCUUAUUUUCCCCUUGUAUCUACACAUUCCCCACACUCCUCCUCCCUAUCAUGGGCACCCACUCCUAUGUGUUGAUAUAUGUCCCUGGACAUAAAUACAUACAAUGUGUGUGUGUUUACACUACAUAAAUAGUAUUGGGUAAGGAUCUCA